UAUGAUGCUUAAAAUUAAGUAUUCCUACAUCUCAACUCAAGUGCUUCGAUCAUAAAAUGUUGUUAGAUUCGAUGCUGAAAUCAAACAAUCACAUUUAUUAGGAGAGCAAUUUGGAUAGUAGGUGUUUGCAAAACUUAAUCAUUUUCACAAGCAUAAUAUUUUGACUCCAACUAUGUUAGAUCAGAUUCAUAGAUUUUUGGAGAGUUACGAUUUGGACGAGGCAGUGAAUAUCAUAUGGUUGGAUUGUUAAUCUAAAGGGACAGAUUUGAAAUGUAUGCAAUUGUAAAUGACAAUUAGAUUUAUAACACUUACCUCAACAGGAGAAGAUCGAGUAUCUGAGACAAAUAUAAAAUAUGGCAGUCUACUUUGGAAAGUACAAUAAAAUUUUGAUGCCCGUAAUAACCGGAGAAGCAAGUGGAUCGAUGGCAGCCUUAGCAUGCUCAACUCCAUUCUAGUUUUUUGAUUAAAAAGGAGGCAUUCGAUUUAAUGAUGUCAACAGAGGCUUCGUCCCUCAUGCAGGGUAACAAUGAAUAAGAAUAUUAGCGCUACAUUUCAUUUGUCUAGAUUGCCCGAUUAAUUGGGGUUGUUCUACGCCUUGACUGGUCGAUGGUUGAAGAAUGAGGAAGCAUUAAACUCGGAGUUGAUAUAUGGCAAUCUGAGGGAUAGAGACAAAGCCAUUGAAUAUAUCAAUUAGACCACCUAAUAAUAUAAGACACCCACGACUGCAAAAAUGUACCCGAAAUAGGUGAAAAGGGAACUUUAAAAGUUCAAAUACGGAUAGAAGAAAUUCUUAGAAAAAUUGAGUUCAGAAAUGUUGAUUAGAAUGAAGAAUGAAGACGCAUAGUAAGUGGCUCAAGAAUUAAUUUACAAACUCAAAAGAUUCUAAGAGGAGAAUGUUUUAAGUCAGGAAGUUGAAAAGCCUAAGCAAAACAUAGCCAAUCCAUACCUUCACUUUAAAACACUGAACAUUGAUAGUCUAGAGGAAAUGGGCAUAAUAUCAAGAGAGAACUUAGUCAAAUUAGACAAGGCCUUGAUUGCUAGAUGUUUCAGCGGAGAUAGUGUAUAGGAGAUUAUGGAUAAAUUGAAGGCUGAAAAGAGCUAAUUUGCCCACGAGAUCCUAAAGGAAUUAGAAGCAUAACCGAGAUUAUCUCUUGAAAUUACCUUCAAAUUAAUAAGGUAGGCAGAGAAAUGGUAAUGGAGAGAUUGUCUAGUUGCUGAAUACAAUGUAGCUUCAAAUCUUGCUACCAGUGGUUUGAUGGAGAAAUAAGAAAGAGUUGAUAACAUCGAUUCCUUCUUCAGUCAUGUUACUCCAUCAAUUGAUUAUUUGCCAGAUGCUAUCGAGCCAGUCAGAGACUAUUAUACUGAGUAUCCUGACAACAUUAGAGUCUUUUUGAAUGAAUAAAAUCUUAGAAAGGGGUUAAUUGAUAGAGCCAAUUAAGAAGUUGACGUGGUGGCCUUUAUGAAAAAUAAUGAACAUAUGUUGGACGGUUCGAUCAGAGUGGCUGAUUUGAGAAAAAUGAGAGUUGAAAUAGCUGAAUUGAAGAGAGAGGUCAAAAGCAAUAUGGAUAAAUUGAAAAGCAUAGUUGGAUAUGAAGAAAACCUUAAGAAGUACAUAGAGGAAAGACAGACUUAUUUGGAUAAUAUUAAAGAUUUUGGAACUCUUUUGGAAGAGUCAAUAAACUCAUUCUUUGAGAAGGCUAAUUAAGCUAGAUUCAACGGAUAUGCAAAUGUUGCCAAGAUUGCAUCCAUAAAACCAAAGAGAGAAUUAUUUUCAUUAGUAAGAAAUUCUAUUCUGAAUCACAAAUUAACUGAUGACAAUGAUGAAAUUGAUGUCUUAAAGAAAUAGUAGGCAUGGAACAGAUCAAUGUAGAGAUUGCUCAUCUUCCCAAAGGAUGACAGAAAAUCUUUCUAUGAGAAUGAAUUGCCAGAAAAAAUAGUAGAUAAAGAGGAAACAGAUUAAGUAUUCAGAGCCAGAAGUACAAGAGAGAAAUUUUAUGAAACUAGAUAUGGAGAUCUCCAUCAAGAGUUUAGUUCAUAAAUCGAUAAGUUUUAUAAGAAUGUCAUUUAAAAUGUCACUCAAUCAAAUAAAUUCAAUAAUAUACAGGAGUACUUAGAAGGAAAAGAAGUUAAGGAAAUUUUGGAAUUAUUGAAGGAAAAUAAAGAAGAGAUUAUUCUUAAUCUCAAGAAAGAACCUGUAGAGUAAGCAAACAAGGAUGAUUUAAUCAAACAAAUGAGAUCAGAAAUAGAAAAACUAAAAUAGAAUGAUGAGAUUCCAUCAAAUCUCGAAGGGUUGAUUCAGGCUGAUGAGAAUCUGAGCAAAAUUAUGGCUGACUUCUUUAAAUACCCUGAUGAAUUCAAAUAAUUAUAGAAUAUGUUCGAAUAGAUAUUGACAUCCAUUUAUAGAAUGAGAGCCAAAAAAUUCAAGCACUUAAAUGAGUUGGCAGUUAUUGAUGACUAGAUUAAUGAAGCCUUAACUUUGGAUUCUUUCAAAGUAAUUGAAAGCAAUCUUAUGUUUUCUUUUUCAUAUAUUCUAUUGUGUAAGUUAGAAGAAAUCUACUGCUUAUUUAAGUAAGGUGGCAUUUACGAAGUCUAGGCUUUGAAAUUCUAAUAAGAGUAUGGAUUUUAAUUAUAAAACUUUAAACAAUUCGAAAGACUGUUGGAAUAUUUAAAUGACAAAUUGAGAGCAGCAGCAACCCUAUAUAACACCUAUAGAGAGAAGACUCUAGUGGAAUCUGAUAAAUUGCUCGAUUACAUCUUCACCCUUAAAUCUUCAAGAUGGGCUAAUUUCAAAGCCAAAGCUAUUUAUACCAAUCUCUUAAGUUUGAAGAUUAAAACUAAUUAUUAGAAUUAAAUAACCUCUUUGGAAGAGAAGCCAAUAAGUUAAACCACUCCUGAUGAUGUUUAUGGUGCUUUGGAAAGCAAAUAAUAUAGAAUGAGUAAAUUCUAUAGACAAAACUUACCAAAAUAUAGGAGAGGCUAAAUUUAGAAGCGUGCUUAUUUUAGAGACGAUAUUUACUUUACUACUAAAAAGGAAAUUGAGAUUUAUGGCAAAAUCUAAAGACUUAAAGCACAGAAACAAAGGAGAUUGAUAAUUGGAAUUAGUCAUUAACUGAAGUAGUUGGAUUUAAUAGCAGAAAGAUAGGUUGAGAUUACUCCCAAGGAACUUUAGCAAUAAAAAGAAGAUUUGGAAAAGGCUUUGUAGAAGAAAUGGUUUUGUUAUCAAUCAAUCGACUAAUGGUUCAAAGAAUUAGUCUAAGAGACAGUGGAAGAAAUUUAUCAUCCAGAUCUCCUAUUGUCAGAAGAAGAGUUUAAGGAAUACAUCCAAAUGACCUUCAAUGAACAAAAGAAAUUAUUAGAAUCCUUGAGAGCAGAACUCAUUUUAGGAGUCUAGAAUGAGAGGGAUGAACUGAUUUAAGAAUAGAAGUAAGUCUUUCUCAUUAUGAAUUAGGUUCAAUCCAGAAUUACCUGAAAUCCAAAACUUAGCAUAACAGUUGACUGUUGCUGAAUCUUUACAUGUAUAAGGACUCAUCGAGGAGAUUGAACCAGCUGAGACUUUAUUUGUUGGCAAAAAAGGAACAACUCUGAAGAUAGGAGGAGAGCUUCCUAUUCCAUUGAAUGAGACUCAAUAUAGAGAAUUGAGAACUAAGAUGAUUGGAAGAGUCGAAUACUUGGUCGGGGAAUGGGCUCAAGAACCAAAACUCAUUGAUCAAGCCGAUAUUGAGUUGCUGUAUGAUAAAAUUCAAUAGAUCCAAGAAAAGAAUAGAUUUAAGUGAUGAUUUAUUUUAUACAUUAUAUAAG